AUUCCCUGUUUCCAGAACUGGGCGACUGAGAUUCCCUGUUUCCAGAACUGGGCGACUGAGAUUCCCUGUUUCCAGAACUGGGCGACUGAGAUUCCCUGUUUCCAGAACUGGGCGACUGAGAUUCCCUGUUUCCAGAACUGGGCGACUGAGAUUCCCUGUUUCCAACAUCCCAUCUUUUUACAUGAAAGACGUUCCUGAAACAUUCUCAUUUGUGGUAACUGACACGGUCGACGGAUGCGAAACGCGAACCUGAACAUAAAGAGCAAACGGUGACAGAGUUGGACAUGGUGGAGAAAGAGAGGAAGAAAUGUAAGAAGCAAAUGGAGGUACCAGAUCCUGAGGAACGAACUGAAGAGAGAACGAAGAAAAAGUCAAACACUCUUCACACACAACGUGUGGGAGACGAUGGAGUGACUGUUGCCGCGGAGGGGAUGAGUAGCUGGAAGAAAAAGAGAACCCGUAAUGACAGAGAGACAGAAGAGGGGAUGGACAGUGGCCUCUCAGCGUCUGCAGUAGAUGUCUCAGGUGUAAGGGUGCCCGUAGUGGCCAUAAAGAGUAAGAAGAAGCUCAAGAACAGACAAACGAAGCUUGAAGAGGGAACGGAAAGCCGUGAGACAGUUUUAAGAUUAGCAGAUGAUCCUGAAAUCAUAGAACUAUACACGGAAGGGGAAAAUGUGGUAACGAAGGUACAGAAGAACGAGAAAGAGAACAGGAAACGAAAGAAGGAAAAAGUUGGAGAGAUUCCACUGAGCGUGUGUCCAGAUAAAACCGAGCUCCCAGGUAUUCUAGAACAAACUGGGAGAAAAUGGAAAACGACAACGAGGCUGAAAACACAACCGGAUGGAGGGGCUGAAGAGGGCAGCAGGAGAAACAAGAGACGAUGCUGCAGAGAGUCCGACACAGGAAUGGACAGUGCCCCCUCUAAGUCAGAUAACAGGACUCCCGAUGCUGGCCCAGAAUCUGAGACAGGGCAAGAUGGCCUCCAUACAACCGUGGUUGAGACAAGCACCCAACACCGCAGACGCAUCCAAAACGAUAAAGCUCUAAGUGAAAACGAAUGGAGGGCUAUGAUUGAGCUCAAAGAGUUUGAUCCCAAUAUUGCGUCUCGGCCUGUUAAUAAGAUCAGAGCGAUGAUCAAGUAUGAUCUUGAUCGAUUCAAGGAAUUCCGAGGACAAGGCAUUUCCCUGCGAACUGGACGAUACAGCGCACAGGAGAACAGACAACUCAUGAGGAACAUAAAUGACUUCUUGGCUCUCACAGGGAUUGAGAACGCCGCUAAACUCUUCCAUACAAAGCGCUUCAGAGACGAACUGUCUUUUAUCCAGAGGCUGAAGAGUCAUCACAGAUUCCCUGCGAGAAUAGCUGAAGGAAUCCCGAGGCCUUGGCAUAAGAUCUAUACUCGUGGUGGGAGGAAAAUGUUUGAUGGCAGCAGUUACAAGGGCCGACGAAGGUUCAGCGAAGAUGAACUUUACUCUUUGAAAAAACUGCAGACGUUGCACGGCAAUAAUUGGGUGAAGAUCUCACAGUUGACUGGCCGGAGUGAAACGCCCCUUAGGAAGCGGUUUUCUCAGAUUUUCGCAAACUUAGGUUCUUGGGGCGAGGAAGAACUGAAGAGACUAAUGGAGGCUGUGCGAGACCACCUGCUGGGACAGGUGGAGCCUGGCAGAGGGCAUGCCACCGUCAGGAAAGACCAGCUGUACCACAACAUCCCCUGGACAGUUGUAUGCCGGAGGGUUAAGACACGCCACCGGGACCAGUGUCGAAUGAAAUGGUUGGGUGUUAUGGCAUACAAAAUGGCACAUGGACAACCAGCAUUCAGUGGAGGUGUGAAAACACUAAAGGCUAAAGUGGAUUUGAUCAAAGCGUUGAACGCAAUGCAGGUGGAAGAUGCCUCAGAUGUUGACUGGGAAGAAAUUGCUCACACAAUUGGGGGAGUCACUCCUUGCUACGUACAGAUGCACUACCACAAGCUAAAAGUAGCCAAAGUGCCGUUGCGUCAGAGCAUGUCUUUCUGUGAGACCAUUGAUUUCCUGUACAGUCGUGUUCUGCCCAAGUUUGAAGAGCUCCUCCGACACAGUCAGACCGAGUCAGGGGAGACCGAGUCCAGAGAAGAUCCACAAGAGCACUUCCUGCUCUCAGAGAUCUUUGAAGAUGAGGACGACUGAGAUUAUUACGGCGAGGUUCAGAACAGUUGAUUAUCAAUCUUUUUUUUAUUUUUUAUUAUCUCUGUGAGCUUUAUAUUUUGGAUGUAAGGCAUCUUUUGAAAAGAGUAGUUUGGAUGUAGAUGGUGAAAAUCUAUUGGACGAUACCGAAAAUGCUGGUCAGGAGUUUUCCUUUUUCUGACAUUCACCGAUUAAAGAUGGAUGCUUUGUUAACAUUAGACAUGAUAACAUCCCCAGGUGCUGAUCAUUUGGAGCCUGGUCUGCUGUAGUGUGCAGCCACCCCUUAUUACUGGCUCAGUGGCCCACAUUUUAUAUUAACAUAGUUAGGAGGUAUUCCAAAAGCAUGGAAAUCUGUAGUAGUAUGAUAUAGACAUCUAUCACUCCAUUAGGGUGGGGAUACAAAUGAUGUAGACAUCUAUCACUCCAUUAGGGUGGGGAUACAAAUGAUGUAGACAUCUAUCACUCCAUUAGGGUGGGGAUACAAAUGAUGUAGACAUCUAUCACUCCAUUAGGGUGGGGAUACAAAUGAUCUUGACAACUUUUCAAGACGAACUUGUUAAACUAAGAUUCUUGAAUCCUUGAUUAAUGUACAACUUUGUUCCUUUUUUAUCUGACAAUUAUAUUCUUAAUAUAAACCAAUUAGGGUUUUAGGCCUGGGCGUGGUACUACCACAGCAACCACGCUAGUUGUUAAUGAUCUUGUCAAUGCCUUGGAUGCUAAAGAGAUCUGUGCUGCCUUGUUUAUUGACCUGUCGAAGAUGUUCAACACUGUUGAUCAUUCUGUUUUACUGAAUAAAUUAUCAAGUUAUUAUCGAGUUGGCCUGGGGUAUACAGCCUGUUUAUGGUAUCAGAAUUAUGUUCGUGACAGAACUCAGGCCAUCUUGAUAGACGGGGUUGAAUCUGAAUUUCCUGAGAUUCAAAAAGGUGUUCCUCAGGGUUCUACUUUGGGUCCAUUAUUGUUCACUUUGUAUAUUAAAGACAUAGGAAACACUGUUUAUACUUGUAACAUUCAUCGCUAUGACACCAUGUUGUAUUCCUGUGCCACCUCGGUGCAGCAGGCCGUCCGUGAACUUCAGCAUGACUUUGAUCCCGUUCUGAAAUCACUUACAGAUCUUACAUUAUUGUUAAAUACAAGUAAAAACCAAGCUCAUGCUGUUCUCGAGGUCACAAAGGACCUGCAUAUUUGCGCUAUAAAUGGAGCCUAAAUUAAGCUAGUUUCUCAAUAUAAGUAUCUGGGUGUCUGGAUUGAUGAUGAGUUGUCCUUCCUAACGGAUAUAGAAAAUUUGACUUAGAAUCUAAGAUCUAAGAUUGUUUUUUUUAUUGUUUAUAUCUAAAUAAAUCACGCCUUAGUAUUAAAAACAGGAGAAAGAUUGUUCAAACCAACGCUU